CCUGGCCCAUAACAAGGAGACCCGCUGAAUCUUUGGAAACCUGUCCACGGGCCUUCUCCAGACAAUUCCUUCCAGACCCAGGGACCCGUGCCCGAGGACCACAGGCUGAUGGGGGCCCAGCUCUGCUCCCAGGCUGACGCCAAGGCGCCGCGAGAGACACUCCGCUUCCACGCUGAGGCCAAGGGCGCGCAGGUGCGUCUGGACGCCCAGCAGUGCACUGCACACAGGCGCGCCACGUUCCACGACGGCAUCGUGUUCAGCCAGCGGCCGGUGGCGCCGGGCGAGCGGGUGGCGCUGCGCGUGCUGUGGCACGAGAGCGGCUGGUGCGGCGGGCUCCGCGUGGGCUUCACGCGCCUGGACCCCGCGCGGCUGUCGGCGCCCAGCCUGCCGCCUUUCGUGUGCCCAGACCUGGAGCAGCAGAGCCCGACGUGGGCGGCCGUGCUGCCCGAGGAGGGCGUGCUGCCCGGGGACGUGGUCCGCUUCUGGGUGAACCGCGGCGGCCGGCUCUACGCCAGGGUCAACGCGGGCCCCCGGCUCCUGCUGCGCAAGGGCGUGCUCCUGGGCGCCCCGCUCUGGGCCGUGAUGGACUUGUACGGGACCACCAAGGCCAUCGAGCUGCUGGAUCCCACGGCCAGCGUCUUUCCCUCAACCAUGCCAUGGGCCUUCAGUGAUGAGACUCCGCAGCCUGAAGCUGCAGCAGGAGAGGAGUGUGCCAUCUGUUUCCACCGUGCUGCCAACACCUGCCUUGUCCCCUGCGGCCACACACACUUCUGCAGCUACUGCGCCAGGCGGGUCUUCAGGGACUUGGCCAAGUGUCCUGUAUGUCGGUGUGAGAUUGAGGCUGUGACCCCCGCGUGGGGCCCCCCUACUCUGAGGACUGGAGAGGGCCUUCCGGGUGCGGGUGGCAGACUGAGUCUAGCUCUGAGCCUGGCCUCUGCAGGGUGGAGAGGUGCAGCGCCCCGCCACCCACAUUCUGGAGGAGUCAGAAAAGCUGGUCAGCGGCAGGCCUAGCAGGGCGAGGGAGGCGGGGAGGCAAUGGCUCCUCCCUCCUCCCCAACAGAUUGGGGCCAGUGGAGAAAGGAGGAGCCCCUCUAUCUCCCUGGUGGUUCAGCAGGGAGCCCUCUGCUUAGUCAGGUUCAUUUGUGCCCGGGGCUUGCCGAGGCUUUUGGCUGACCGCCUGGUGUGGUCACCGUAGACCUAGCAAUCCUGGUACCCAUAGGUCAUGUCAGGGAGAAGGGCCUUUAUUCAGAGACGGGGCAGCCUGUUCCCUGGUUUUAUAGCGGAGGAGCGGCAGAUAAUCAGCCUGUAUCUGGUAGAAGCCCGGCCCAACCUGGGGUACUGAGGAGCCUGGAGCAUCCGCAGGGAGGCAUCUGGGUGGACGGUUUACACUCCUGUGUGAAAGCUGGGUCAUCCCUGAUAAGCCCUCCAUAAAGCGGAUGAGCAGUCACCCGCCCUGCCUGCCCUGCAGGGUGACCGUGAGGUCCCAGUGAGACAGCCUAUCUGAAGACGUUUCUGCACACGAGACUGCGCUGUUGUGACUGUUCUUAUUUCCUUGCCAAUUUCGGAGGGGUCUAAAUAAAGUUUGUCUCUUGUGAAUGA